CGGGCUCCUGUCGGCAGUUAAACGGCCAAUCCCGCCGUUAGUAGCCGCACUUGGUAGCGCCGCCUUUCUGAGGAGAGCCCGCCCUUUUCUCUCACCCCGCCCGCCCAUGGCCGCCAUGUUGCGCGGGACGUCGGCGCGACGAGGUCAGCGGGCGGGGCUGCUCCGCUGGUACCAAAUCCCGCUGUCCUCGGCCCGUGUGCCCCGCUCGGGGCUCUUCAGCUCGUCCUUCCAGUACAGCCUGUGUUCCUACCAGCAGCUCCGUGUCAGUAAACACCUCCGGGUAGGCCGCCCCUUCCUCCCGCCGCCGCUCGGCCCAGUGGAUCCGCGGCCUCCGGCCUCACCGCCCCCAAUGAGGCCUCAGGGCGGAGCACGGACAGCCCUGCAGUGCCCCAAGCAGCCCCGUGGCUCCCGCAGGGCACGACGGCCUCGUGCCAGCCCCCGGCGUCCAGCCCAGCGGGGCUCAGCCUCGUGCUCCCCAUGGAGUGCAAUGCAGCCCAGCAUUGUCAGUGAGGGCAGGAUGGUGCCACAGCGAGCAGUGGACGUGGCAACGACAUCGUCCAGUGACAGUGAUGAGGAGCUGAUCCCUCUGAAGGAGCUGCUGGCUGGCAGCAGUGGGCCCUCAAGCCCCGCUGAGCACAGGGAGGUUGUGUGCCCACAGCCAGACCCGCUGGCCAACAGCCUGGAUGCGCUGCUGCUGGAGAAGAGGGAGCAGUGCCCGGCCAGGGCAGUGGAGGACGGCCUGAUGCAGCUGGGUGUGAGCAGUGGCAGCCCACAGGAGUCGUCAGAUGAGGACACGCAGCUCCUCGAGGAGCAGAGGGCCUUCCUGGCACGUUUUGAACUGAAGCUGCUCACCUUCCCCACCACUCACCCUGGGGAGCCCAUCUUCCACAGCUGCCCGCUCCCACCGCCCAUCCUGGACACGUAUGGGCUGCAGCCUCGCAGCGUCCUGGAGCAGAAUUUCCUCUGCGCUUCUCCUGCUGGCCAAGUGGCCUUUGUACGUGACGGUUACCUCAACCUGCUCUACCAAACCACGUCUGCCUGCCCGCUGCCCGUCCUACGCUGGCUCUUCCAGCUGACGAGCACGUGGCCAGACAGAACCAACGCCUUCCGGACACUGUGGGAGAUGUGGAUGAGAAGCGAUGAUGAGCCCUGGUGCCCCACACUGCAGGAUAUUGGCCAGGCCUUUGCCUACAUGGGUGCUGACCUGGAGACCCUGCGCUGCCGGCGGCUGCUGCCCCCCGAGCUGUGCCCCACAGACACCAGGCCGCAUCCAGAGCGGGGAAACCUCAGCGCAGCCGACACGCUGGCCCUGGUGACGCAGCUGGGGGACGUGUGCAAGCUGCUCACGGUGUCUGUGGUUGCCUGUCCGUGCCACUACCCCGACCGUGCCCGCAGGGAGCUGCUGACGCUGCUCUGCUUCCUCAGCCUGGACCGCGCGCUGCGCUGCCAACCACUGCCCGACCUGUGGCACCUCCUGCACUGCCUGCUGGACGGCAUCGUGGCCUGGAAGGAGCAGCUGCCCGUGCUCUGCCUGUCCCUGUGCCAGCUCUCCCAGCACCAUCACAGCCUGCUGACCGUGGCACGACUGCUACCAGAUAUCACGGACAGGGAGAGGGAGCUCCGCAGGCGCCUGAGCCUUUGUGCCAUGGCCCAGCUGCUGGGGGAGGCGCCGUACAAUGUUCUGGCCCUUGGGGCGGAGGAAGAGCUGCCUGCGCUGGAGCAGCUCCUGGCACAAUCCUGGCCUGACAACCUGCAUCUCCCCACUCCCCCCGAUGCCAUGGAACUCGAGCAGGAGACCUGCUACCUGAGCCGCAGCCUCCUCUACCUGGCCGACAUCGUGGUGGGCACGGAGCGGCCGCGGGACGAGCAGCGGGGACACCUGCAGCGGCUGUGCACCCAGCUGGAGCAGUUCUUCGGGUCGGGGCUGCACGAGGACAUGGGGCAGUUCUAUCGUUCCCAGCUGAAGAACUUGGCCACGGUGCUGUACAUCAAGUGGCACGAGCUGCUGGAGUAAGGGGAGCACCCAGGGGGAACCCCAUUAAACAGCCCCACGUCACCCCAA